AUGGCGCCCUCUUGUGGCCACAAGUACGUGGCGCGCAGCCAUGAGACGCAGGUGUCACUAGCAGUAUUGUCGGCCAUUGACGUUCCAGCUGAGAAUAUGUUGACGGACGUGAGCGUGGACGAAGAGUUCGAGCUGAAGGAGGAGGAGCCAUGGUACGACAAGCAAGACCUGGAACGCGGUAGAAGCUGGGAAUCAAACCAGGAACCCUCAGGUAGCUGGCACGGCCACUCUCCCAAGUGUAAUAUUUCUCUGAAUUUGCUCAUCAUUAUUAGUUGUUGGACAUUGAAGUUUGUGUCCCUGCAGCACCUGAGCAAGCAGGUGGAGGUCCUGAGGCAGGUCAACGACCAGCACGCCAAGGUCUACGAGCAGCUGGACCUGGUGGCCCGGGAGCUGGAGCAGAGCAACCGCAAGCUGACUCUGGACCAGAGGUCGUCCCAGCAGAAGGUCCACAGGCUGACAGAGACGGUGGAGAUGCUGCAGGUGCAGGUGGAGGAGCUGCAGGUGCAGGUGGAGGAGGUGAAGCUGGGACCUUCCCUGCUGGCUGAAGGAGGACCGUGGAGGACACGUAGAGCUCAGAGUGUCAGCUGCCUGGAGGAACUGCAAAGGCCCCCAGAGGAACCUCGCGGCGAGCAGGAGUGCUGCGGCGUGCAGCGAUGGCACGAGGAGCAGCAGGCGUCGCUGCGGCACUCUCUGCACCUCCUCCAGACUCAGUACGCCGGUGAACGUACCCGGCGGGAGGAGGCGGAGCGAGAGGCGGGGCUCCUAAAUCGGGAGAAUGCGGCGCUCGAGCAGCAGCUGGCCAGGAUGGAAAGGUGCAAAGUGCGAGUGUCGGAGUUGGAGCGCGAGGCGGAGGAGCUGCGUGGCCUCUGGAAGUCUCGCUCCUUCGCCAGGUGUGAAGAGGAAGAGGAAGAGGAGAUGAGCCGGCGUCCUUUCAAGCGCUGGGCCAGCGAGCGUCUGCUGAAGGUGCACGACUCUGCCAGGGAGCACGAGUCCUGCUGCGCCAGGAGAGCUCAGGUGGGCAAACAUGGCGGCGUCUCGCUGCUCAAGGAGGUGGACGCCCAGUACAGCGCCCUGCAGGUGAAGUACGACCAGCUGCUGGGACGCCUCAGUCAGCAGCGUCACCAUGACGACCAGGAGGAGGAGGAGGAGGUGGUGCAGACUCUCACCAAGGACGACCAGGAGGAGGAGGAGCUGGUGCAGACUCCCACCAAGGACAACCAGGAGGAGGAGGAGGAGGUGCAGACUCCCACCAAGGACAACCAGGAGGUGGUGCAGACUCCCACCAAGGACAACCAGGAGGAGGAGGUGCAGACUCCCACCAAGGACAACCAGGAGGUGCAGACUCCCACCAAGGACAACCAGGAGGUGCAGACUCCCACCAAGGACAACCAGGAGGUGCAGACUCCCACCAAGGACAACCAGGAGGUGCAGACUCCCACCAAGGACAACCAGGAGGUGCAGACUCCCACCAAGGACAACCAGGAGGUGCAGACUCCCACCAAGGACAACCAGGAGGUGCAGACUCCCACCAAGGACAACCAGGAGGUGCAGACUCCCACCAAGGACAACCAGGAGGUGCAGACUCCCACCAAGGACAACCAGGAGGUGCAGACUCCCACCAAGGACAACCAGGAGGUGCAGACUCCCACCAAGGACAACCAGGAGGUGCAGACUCCCACCAAGGACAACCAGGAGGUGCAGACUCCCACCAAGGUUGACCACAACCAUCAGCCCGAGUACAAACUACUUUUUAGGGAGAUCUUCUCUCGCCUCAAGAAAACCAAAGAGGACCUGAUUGAAAACAGGAUGAGACGUCCUGCAGGCCAAGUGGCGUCACUGCGGUCACGUGACUCCUAAUACACUUUAUUAUUAUUAUUAUUAUUAUGUCUCUACCUCCAAGCAGAGGAACAUGCAUGCUGCUUCCUGAAAUAUGCAACUUACUAACUUAGCAAUUUUAGCGAAAGAAAAAAAAAGUUGAAAUGAAGUAACUUGAACAUUUGUGAUUGUGAAGAAAGGACAACAAAUAAUUGUCUCUAAAUGUAAUAUUCCACUCAUUAAUAUUCUUCUGGUGCACCUG